UGCGGCCCGCGCGGACCCCUGUUCCGGGCUGUGCUCUCCCCGCGGCUGGGACGUGCUCGCCAUGUGUGCAGCUCCGGCGGCGGCCGCAGUAGCGGCCCAGCGCUCCGUGUACGCCUUCUCGGCACGCCCGCUGACCGGCGGGGAGCCCGUGAGCCUGGGCUCCCUGCGGGGCAAGGUGCUGCUCAUUGAGAAUGUGGCGUCGCUCUGAGGCACAACCAUCCGGGACUACACUCAGAUGAACGAGCUGCAGCAGCGCUUCGGGCCGCGGGGUCUGGUGGUACUUGGCUUCCCGUGCAACCAGUUCGGGCAUCAGGAGAACACGAAGAACGAAGAGAUCCUGAAUUCCCUCAAGUACGUUCGCCCGGGCGGCGGGUUCGAGCCCAACUUCCUGCUUUUCGAGAAGUGCGAGGUGAACGGCGCGCAGGCGCACCCCCUCUUCGCGUUCCUGCGGGAGGCCCUGCCCGCGCCCAGCGACGAUGCCACUUCGCUCAUGACCGACCCCAAGUUCAUCACCUGGUCUCCCGUGUGCCGCAACGACGUCUCCUGGAACUUCGAGAAGUUCCUGGUGGGCCCCGACGGCGUGCCCGUGCGCAGGUACAGCCGCCGCUUCCCCACCAUCGACAUCGAGCCAGACAUCGAGGCGCUGCUGGCAAAGCAGCCGCUGUCCGCCUAGGGUGCCCCGGCAGCACCGUGCAGCCCUUGGGGGCUCCCGUCCUUGACGGUGUUUCUCUAAACCUGAAUGGAGAAACACCCGAUGCCCCGGGAAACCCCCCCAAGAUUGGCGCGGGCCCUGCCCCUCUCCCCGACCAAGAUUUCUCACUAAUAAAGUGUCUUCUUGCCAAAGAA